GCAAAUCGUUUGAAUGACUUGAUUAAAGGAGCCAAGAAUGUAUCAGCUUGUUUUUGCACUUAUUGUCCCUCUAAUGAAAGGGGACUCUCUAUAGGAGUGGCACUCAUCAGGAACAUUUUCAAAGAAUAUAAUGUACGAGAGCUACAAAACGCCGAAAAUUUUGCCGACUUUUUACGAAAGAAAUGGAAUUUUGGAAUUUGUGACAAUAAUAUACUUAUUCUUAUCAUUGCUUCUGACAAUCAGAUAGCUCAUUCCGAAGGCACGACUACAACCAAAUAUUCGGCGGCUCUUGAAGAAGACAAUGUCCUCGAAGAAGAAGCGCCCGAAGAAGAAGUUGAAGAGUCUUCACAUACGGGUCUAAUUGUGGGACUAAUUAUCGGACUUCUGGUAUUCAUUGGUUUCAUAGUUUUCCUAUUGUUUUAUCUUCGGAGGAGAUUCAGUGAAGACGGAACCAAAUUUCAAUUCAAAGGAAUGCUGAGUAGAGGCUAUUGGCUCGACAAAAACGAGAGGUUCAGACCCGUGAGUGUGAAUCCACUGAAUACAGGCGCUGGUGGUGUGUACGAGCCGUGUAGUAUUGAAGAGCCCAAUCACGGGCACAAUGAUGUGGACAAAAGAUUACGAGAGAAGUUGAGCCAAAUUAGCGACGGAUCGGGCGAUGAAGAAGAGAUGCAAGUGAUUCAACACAUCCCUCAUUCAGAUCCAGUCAAUAGCGCGAACUCUGUCUCUCAUCCAACAGCACAUGUGAGCGCACCGUCCGUUCCCACA